GCGCGGGGGCCAUGGCCGAGGACGGCGGGAGCUGCGCGGGCUGCGGCGAGAGCGCGCACUGCAACGUGCUGAGCUGGGAGCAAGUGCAGCGGCUGGACCGCAUCCUGGGCGAGACCAUCCCCAUCCACGGCCGCGGCAACUUCCCCACGCUCGCCAUGCAGCCGCGCCGCAUCGUCAAGGUGGUGCGGAGGCGGCUGGCGCUGCGCGGCAUCGGCGUGCGCGACGUGCGCCUCAACGGCUCCGCCGCCAGCCACGUCCUGCACCAGCACAGCGGCCUCGGCUACAAGGACCUCGACCUCAUCUUCUGCGCCGACCUCAAAGGCGAGGCCGAGUUCCAGACCGUCAAGGACGUGGUCUUGGACUGCCUCUUGGAUUUCUUGCCCGAGGGCGUCAACAAGGAGAAGAUCACGCCGCUCACGCUCAAGGAAGCGUAUGUGCAGAAAAUGGUGAAAGUCUGCAAUGAUUCGGACCGGUGGAGUCUCAUCUCCUUGUCCAACAACAGUGGCAAAAACGUGGAGCUGAAAUUCGUGGACUCUCUGAGGCGGCAGUUUGAAUUCAGUGUCGAUUCCUUUCAAAUCAAGCUAGACUCCCUGCUGCUUUUUUAUGAGUGCUCAGAGAACCCGAUGACUGAAACUUUUCACCCGACCAUCAUUGGCGAGAGCGUCUAUGGGGAUUUCCAGGAAGCCUUUGAUCACCUCUGCAACAAGAUAAUCGCCACCAGAAACCCAGAAGAGAUCCGAGGAGGUGGUCUGCUUAAGUACUGCAACCUCUUGGUAAGGGGCUUUAGGGCCGCCUCUGAAUCCGAGAUUAAGUCCCUGCAGAGAUACAUGUGCUCCAGGUUCUUCAUUGACUUCUCGGACAUUGGGGAGCAGCAGAGAAAGCUGGAGUCCUACUUGCAGAACCACUUUGUGGGAUUAGAGGACCGCAAGUAUGACUAUCUCAUGACCCUUCACGGCGUGGUGAAUGAGAGCACCGUGUGCCUCAUGGGSCAUGAGAGGAGACAGACUCUUAAUCUGAUCACCAUGCUGGCCAUCCGGGUGCUGGCCGAGCAAAACAUCAUCCCCAACGUGGCCAAUGUCACCUGCUAUUACCAGCCGGCCCCGUACGUAGCAGAUGCCAACUUCAGCAAUUACUACAUUGCCCAGGUGCAGACGGUGUUCCCUUGCCAGCAGCACACGUACUCUACCUGGCUGCCCUGUAAUUAAGGACCGCGAUUAGCAGAGCUGGUGGGGAGAACGAUCCUUAACGUGUGGGAUGGGGCCGCGGUGCCCCUCUGAAACGGGGUGUUUUGUGCAGUGACGAUCCACUCUGGCUUGCGGGCUUGGUAAAAAGCUUGUGGUUCUCCUAGUAAAUAAAGGGAGCACGAUCUUGAAGGAACCCCCAAAUAAUUGGAUCCUAGCCCAGAGCACAAGAGGCCUGUCAUUAAAAGCAAACAGCUUCCCCUGAAAGAAGCGAGGGAGGAAUGCUUGAUGACAAUAUGGGGUGGCAAUACCUGCUCCCAUAGCUUUGGCAUAGAGAAGGUGGGAAAGCCUUAUUUUCCUUUUUUUUUUUUUCUUAAAUUUUAUUCUUUAGAAUGGGAUCUGCAAAAGGGAGAAUAUGAAAGAAACAAAAAAAAACAACAAAAAUGAAAAAAAAAACAAAAAAUUCUCUAUAUAUUCAGGAAUUAAAAGUAGAGACGUAAAGAAGAGAUAAGCUGAAUAAAGAUGUAUAUUGGAAUUACUGCAUUUGGGGCUUGCAGCAAGUGCAACCUAUGGAAUGAUCCUGCAGAAUGUAUAGCUUGCUUGAAUAGAAAUGCUUUAACAGAAACAGCUUGCUCCAAAUGAACAGUAGUAGAUUGGUACAGUUAUAAAAACAGAAGCGCGUAUGAUGACAAAGUCCAUCAUUUCCAGCUGUGUGCAUGCCUCACAUUUUAGAAAUGUGAGAAUGCAAGAGAAACAGCUGUGGCAAACAACAUAUUCAUGAGGACCAAAGAUUUUGCAGAUAAAUUAUCCAAGCAAAGACGAUACAGUAGAGUAUAUAUAUAUACAUAUAUAUAUAUGUAAAAGAAAAAAGAUGUUACUAUAUUUGUACACACCAAUAGUAAUCAAAAGUGCCUGAUGCCUUCAUAAAAUUUGAAGUGAGAAAAUAUAGUUUUGUGGUUUAACCAUGCAUUUUGUUUUAUCAGGGACACAAGGAUUAAAAACAAUUAACAUAAGCUUGUGAAUAAGUGGUGGAGGAAAUGCCCUAUUUUUUUUCUUGGCAAAUACUUGUAUAGAGUUAAUGUUACGUCAGUGUGAUGUUAUCCUAGGUACGUGUGUGCGUGUGUGUAUAUAUGUUUGUGUGUGUAUAUAUGUACAUGUUAUAUGUGUAUAUCUAUAUAUAUACACACACAAUAUAUAUUAAUAUGGUCUAGGAAAAAAAUGUAGCAACUGAGGAAUGUUUAAAUAAAGUACUAUGUGUUUUCCAGUUUGCAACAGGAUGUCAUAGGAUAGUGGGUACCUUGCAGUGAAUUUUUUUAACCCACACCUGAAAAAAAUUGGAGGAGAUGAACCGGUCAGGAUUAAGGUGGGAUUCGGAUAAUGUCUUUGGUUGCAAGAACAAGGAUUACAGUAAUUCAGUGGGUUGCUUGUGAGCCAUAAUAAUUCCACAAAUGGAGAAACAUAUGACUAGCUAAUUUUUUAAAAACUAUUUUGUACUGUAAUGCCAUCUUGACGUUUAACCCACUAAUGUUGUGACUGCAUACCUCCAUGAUGUACAAUUCAGUGGAACGUGGAUCAAAGAUAGGUUUAUUUAAACCCCCUGACAGCUAAAGGAUAUUGUAUUAGUUGGUGAUUUGAACACUAAUUGUUAAUAUUUAAAGGAAUAUUUUAAUAGAAUGCGUUAUGCAUUCCAGGACCACUAGAAUUUAGUAAAUGUGAAAUGAACCCUUUUUAAGAGUGUUGCACGAUUGCUUAAAAUUAUAUUUUAUAAAUAUAUAUAUAUUAUAUAUAUAUAUUUUUAUGCAAAUAUUAAACAUCUUUGAUCUGAUUGUCACACUGCAUUUACAAUUUCAGUACUGUACUUUAUUUAAAUGGAUUCACUUUGCAUUGGAACAAUAACUAUUCACUUUCAUUUCCUCUCCCAAAAGAUCAGUAGGAGGAGAAUCGACUUCUGCUGUUUUCACUUCAGUGACACCUCUGAAAGUGUUAAAUUCUUUGUUGGGCUUUGAAAACCUAGUGACUAAACGACACUUGAGUAUAAUAUUUUG